AUGGAAAACGCAAUUAGAGAUCUUCAGAAUCCUUUGCUUUCUUGAAACCCAGAAUCUGCCUCAGCCCUUAUCCUAAACCGCUCUAAACCUUACAAUCUUUAUAUAAACCCUAUAGACAGCAAUUCUCAACAGAUAAAAAAUUUAUCCUCACUCCCAUUUUAUCCUCUUUCAAUGAAGCCUCAUCUUCAACGUCUUGCAAUCGUGGGGGAAGACCAAUUAUUAGUAAUCAGCAUUGAUACUGAUACUGAGUGAAAACUCAUACGUUUUAAUGGAAAAAUUCUGGAUUAUCAUUGGCAUCCUUUAUCUGAAAGCGCUUUGGCGGUGCUUACUCCUGAUAUGAUUUUAAGGAUUUAUGAUGUAUUAGUCAGCAUCAGGGAGCCUGAAAUUGAGUGAAGAAUUCCUAUUGAUAUUUUAAGCAGCAAUAAUGGAGAGCCCGUGAGCUUUUGUUUUCUUCAAGAAAAAGAGAAAAGUUUAAGCAGAUUUAGCUGCAUUGUAUUGAUGAGCAAUGGAGAUCUGUAUGUAAUUUCUCCUGCAAUACCCAGAAAGUUUUCAGUAUUGAAAGAAUUUACAAAUUUUGAAAAAAUAAUGAAAAUUCAAAACAAUUCUUAUUCUCUAUAUGAGCCAUCUUCAGAACAAUGGGUAAAUGAAAUCACCAAUAAUAUACUACUGGUGUCUCAAAAUUUAAGGAAAGCUUAUAUUAGUCUACCUAAUUUUGUAUAUCAAAACUAUAUAGCAGUUCCACAAGGACCAAUUAGUUUUUAUGAAAAAAAUAUCUCCUCUGAUGAAAGAUCACUUGAAUAUGAUGAAAUCUUUUGCUUGUCUUCUUUUAAUCCUAUUGUUUUUCUGCUAAAGCAAGUUUCUGGAUCAUUAGUAUUACUUGUGGGAUUUGGUGAUAUAAAUAUAAGCUUUUCAUCUAGAGAUUCUAAUCUCAAUUUAAGCGUUUUUGAACAAAUAAAGUUUGAAGGCCAAAAUGGAGUUAUUAGGAUUUCAGAUGAUGAUAAAAUUUAUUAUCUUUGCAAUAAUUCUUUAUAUCAAAUUUCCCUUCCUUGGCUAUCUCAACUAAAAGAAUCCUGCAUUCUUGGAAGAGUGUCUAAAGACAUAAAGCAUUCUGUUGUCAAAGAAAUUAAUAAAAAUCUCCCUGGAAGCUCUCUAGCAAUAAUCCACCACCGAAUCCGCUACAACUAUGCCCUCAUCUCUUUAGAGCAAGAAAUUCGAAAAAUUGACCUCAAAUUAAUCAGAGAAAAAGGGGAGUUUUUCAAUCUUGACUUAAAUGAGCUAGAAAUAAAUCUCCCUAAAGAAUCUUUAUCAGAGCCUAUCAAUAUUCCACCUCCUCCUGCUGUAGAUGUAAACCUUCCUGAUAUCACAAAUGAAGAACAAGAAUUAGCUGCAUUAACCCUUGUAGUUGACAAACUCUAUGAAAAGUGUGUCUUACCGCUAUCCAAAAAAGCAGAAUUUUUAAAAACAAAGGUAGAUGACUGCAAAGAAUGGUUUAAUAAAUUAAAAAACAGCGCGAGCUUCAUCAAAGCAGAUUCUGCAAUUAAAUUGUUCAAUAGCAUUCAAGGACUUGAAGAAAAAAUGAAAAACGUGGAAAGGAACUCUGAAAUACUGAAGGAGAAAAUUGAUAGGAUUUUACAGAAACAAAACAGAGUUAAUCUGCCACUAAGCUCAGCAGAAAGAGACUUAGCUAUGAAAGUAACACAGCUGGAAAAAAUGACGAACUCUUUGAAAACAAUAGCAAAAACUGUAAAUAAUAUUUAGAAAUUGCUCGAAUUAAAAGCAGAAAAAGCUGCACUCAAGAAGCUGAAUCAAAAUAUAUCUUUAAAUCCAAGACUUGAAAACCAAAUAAAUGAACUAAAACACAAAUGCUCUAAAAUUGCAGAAAAUAUCAAAAAAUAUGAAACAGACAACCAAUAG